UUUCACAGUACAAGGGUUCCUCCACAGUGAGGAGACGUCAAAGGUAAUGCAUUCUUCCUCUCUCGCUCUCUUUCAUUGGGUUGAGAAGUGCUAGAGCCAACGCAAACGUGUGUAUUUUCAGUUUACACAGCCACCAUGGAGGAGGACGCGGGACAAUCUAUCCCAUUCAAGUACCCCGCCUCUGACUUCUUGUUGACUGUCGGUGGUAUGUUGUUUUUUCUCCUGGAUGUGGUGCUAGACGUGUGGGCGGUGGUGACUUUCUAUCAACAAGAGGCCUACGUGUUCAUGGGACUGCUGGUGUUUCUACUACUAGGCUCCUCAGCCCUGGUCCAGGCUUUCAGCUGGCUGUGGUACCACUAUGACAAGGACAGCACUGAGACCAGGACAGAAAGCCUCGUGAAGAGCCUUCACUCACUCAAGAUCCUUCAUGUGUUCCAGAUGGGAGUCUACCUCAGAUAUGCUGGUCUUGUGAGGAUCUCGAUAUGUGGCUUCUGCUGUAGAAAGCGUUACAUGGAGGGCAACGCAGUGUAUCUGACCCAUGAUCUUAGCCUGCUGCGCCUCAUCGAGACCUUCUCUGAGAGCGCACCCCAGCUUGUCCUCAUGAUUACCAUCAUCAUCCAGAGGGGAGAGGUGGAGCCCAUUACAAUCUUGAAGGCACUUGGUUCAGUGUCUGCCAUCGCCGUCAGCGUGACCAUGUAUCACCGCUCCCUGCGUUCCUUCCUCCCAGACAAGGCCAAGCAGGGCUGGGGCUCCUCAGUGGUCUACUUCCUGUGGAACCUGCUCCUGAUUGGUCCACGUGUGGCAGCAGUCGCCCUCUUCUCUUCGGUCUUCCCCUGCUUCAUCGCUGCCCACUUCCUGUCUUCUUGGAUGGUUCUAUUUUUUGUCGCCUGGCGACUGAAGACAAACUUCAUGGACAGCGGCGGCGGAGAAUGGCUCUACCGGGCCACCGUAGGCCUCAUCUGGUACUUUAGCUGGUUCAGCAUAGUGGAGGGGCACACCAGGCAGCGGAGCACCAUCUACCACACCUGGAUAUUGGUGGAUAUUGGGAUGCUUUGUGGUUUUUGGGUGUGGCAGAUGAUGAAGAACCCUCCAUAUUUUGAACUGCCACUAGAUCACUAUGUCAUCUUUGUCAUUAUGAUCUCACUCUACAUAGCUGGACUCUGUCUCAAGGUGACAUACUACAAGUUCUGUCACCCAAAGAUUACAAAGCAGGGAGAAGUUGAGUGUCACCUCGAGCUGAUGUCGGAGUCGGUGGGGGUCCCCCCAAAUGGGGAAGAUGUGGUUGACUUUAGGUUUAUGGGUCAUGCAGAGCGUCCAGAACCGUCCGUCAGGGUAAAUAAAAGGAUGAGGAAUUUAGCUGGUAAUUUUUACUCUUAAUCCAGAUUAUCAGAUGUCUCCUACACAUUGAGAAGACUGUAUGGGCUUGUUCAACAUUGCAGCCGAUAACCCAGCCAGGCAACUGCCAAUGAGUUUUACACCCCUGCCCUACUUAAAUGAACCAUCUCUACAGCUUGAAACACAAAGAAAUGUUGACGCUUUCAUUAAAAUGACUGGAAUGAUUUGUUCUAUGAAGACGAGGAUGGCGAUACGAGACAGUUCUCUUUGGCACUGUGCAUUUCUAAUAUGAAGGUAAACAUUACAGUAAUGUUUAUCGUGGUCAUGAACUUGUCUUAUUAAUGGGACCUCGUGAGUACAGCUAAUCAGGGUUACUUAUUGACUGUGGUGGAACAAAAUACUAAAUUGACAUACUUUAGUAAACGUAAAGAUACCUUAAUAGAAAAUGACUCAAGUAAAAGUGAGUCACCCAGUAAAAUACUACUUCAGUAACUCUAGAACUAUUUGGUUAGAAAUAUACCUAAGUGUCCAAAGUAAAUGGAAUUGCUAAAAUUAAAUUAAAUGUCAAAAGUAUAAAUAAUUUCAAAUUCAUUAUUAAGCAAACCAAACAAUGUUUGUAUUUAUUUAUUUAUAGCUAGCCAAUUUAUUUAUGGCACACCAACAUUGUAGGGAGUCCGCCAGAUCAGGUAGUAGGGAUGACCAGGGAUGUUCUCUUGACAAGUGUGUGAAUUGGACCAUUUUCCUGUCAAAUGUAACGAGUACUUUUGGGUGUUAGGGAAAACGUAUGGAAUAAAAAUAGGCUAAAAGAUACCACAAAAAAAAACAACUUAAGUAGAAGUAAAAAAAACGACUUAAAGUAGUUUUACUUAAGUACUUUACACCACUGCUUCCUGAAAUGUUAGCAGGGCGUGGAUUCUGUCAGGACUAGAUAGUAAAAACCUUGAGGGGAUGUGAGAAUGUACAUUUUAACAGUGCAGUUGGGGUGGCCAGUUCUGAGUGAAUGUGCCAAUGUCCUCCGUCUUUCGUGUGCAGUACUGUCUGGUUUCAUGUGUGUGAAUGUGAUCCUUUUUGUACAGUGAUGCCAAAGGCAAAAAAUAAAUAAAUAAAUAAAAAUGUUCAUACAGGU